CAGCCGAGGGCCCCUUCACCCUGCCUCCCGGGCGGAAGGGAAGUGUGGAGGGCCAGAAGGAUGGUGCAGUCCUGCUCCGCCUACGGCUGCAAGAACCGGUACGAUAAGGACAAGCCCGUCUCCUUCCACAAGUUUCCUCUUACUCGCCCCGGUCUCUGUAAACAGUGGGAGGCGGCUGUUAGAAGAAAGAACUUCAAGCCCACUAAAUACAGCAGUAUCUGUUCAGAGCACUUCACCCCAGACUGCUUCAAGAGAGAAUGCAACAACAAGCUACUCAAAGAGAACGCCGUUCCCACGAUAUUUCUUUGUAUUGAGCCCCAUGACAAGAAGGAAGAUCUGGAAUCCCAAGAACAGCUUCCUCCUCCUUCACCCCCAGCUUCCCAGGUUGAUGCUGCCAUUGGGCUUCUGAUGCCUCCUCUCCAUACCCCUGAUAACCUCUCAGUCUUCUGCGACCACAAUUACACUGUAGAGGAUACAAUGCACCAGAGGAAGAGGAUUCUCCAGCUGGAGCAGCAGGUUGAAAAGCUCAGGAAGAAACUCAAGACUGCGCAGCAGCGGUGCCGGAGGCAGGAGAGACAGCUGGAAAAGCUAAAGGAGGUUGUGCACUUUCAGCGAGAGAAAGAUGACGUGUCAGAAAGGGGCUAUGUGAUUCUGCCACAUGACUACUUUGAAAUUGUUGAAGUACCAGCCUGAGACAAUGAAAGAUAUUGGUAGAACAAGACUACAGGCCCGCUUUUAGCCUAUAUACAGGAGUUCGUUUGAAAAAAAAAAUAACACUUAGUUACUUGUAUAAAAAAAAACAAAACAAAACUAUUUUUUUAAAAUAAAUUAGAUAUAUACUGUAAAAUUGUAAUUUUUUUGGUUGUAAUUUCAGAGUUUUUACAUUUUAACAAAAUAUUUAAAAAAAAAUCUCUAGACCGCCAAUAUAACGUUGUAUAGUGAUUUCAAGAUGGUGGAUUGUUUUUCAUUUGAGUAUUUAUAGAAAUAAUGUAAAAAUAAAAGUAGAAAGGAUAAUGGUGCAGUAAAGAUGAUUUAAGUUUAAAAAUUGAGAUUAAUGUCCUGUAUUGAGAUAACUUAUUAUAAUUUAAAUCAGCAGUAUAAGUGAGGUCAUAGGACAUAGCCUCCCAGAAUAGAGAGAUGUACGUACACAUUUGUGUUUAUGGUCAGAGCUUCAUUUAUUUUUCUCAAUCACUUGUCAAAAAUGAACUGUCAAGUCAACAUUUGAGGAAAACAAUAUUUUGCUGUCUUCAGAAAAGUCAUUCCGAGGUUAGUAACUUCAUAAAGAGUAGAUUUUUAAAAGUAGGUUCGUUUUGUCCCUAGCUUUAUGAAAUUGGAAGUGUGUCUUGGGGAAUGGCAGGCCUCAGAGUGUAAGGUUGGUAUCAGCGAAGUGUAAGUUGGGGUCUGCGCUGCUGCGGUGGCUCAGUGGCCGAAGGCUUGUCAUGCAGGCCUGGUACCUGGCAACCUGAGUUUAACCCACAUGAAGGUGGACGGGGAGAACCAGCUCCACAGGCUUGUCCUCAAACCCCAGGUGUGCGCACGCGUGCACACCUAAUUAAAAGUUGUGACGUGGUUUCUAUGUGCUCUCAUCACCCCUUGGUAAAGGCAUCUAAUGCCACAGCUGUAGUUAAAUAUGCAUUCAGACCUCUGACAUAUAUUUUAAUAGAGUUUGGUUUGUAUCAUAACAUGGUAAUUUUGCCCCCAACUGUUUGCUUUUGGUCAACGCAUUGCAUAGAAAUUGUUUUCUCACUCUUAAGUUAGAAAUUAAAUCCAGUUUACUUCAAGUGACUUACGUUCAAAAGUAAUGUGUCGUGUUUAUGUCACAGAGUGUUGGGACUUACAUCGCAGUUUCUGUUCACACUGGAUUGUGUUCUGGCUGAGAAAGCUUACAUAUAUUUGAAAUGAAAAUAUGUUCUCAGUAGACAAAUGCUGAUAAAAGAAUUCUCUAUUUAGGUUUAGGAAAACCGUAUUUUAUAUUUCACAGUAUGCUGUAGGUGAGUAGCAGACCUUUAAAGACAGUAUUAAAGAUAUGCUAUUCAAGUUA